AUGGAAAUAGAUAAUCUAUUUAAAAAAGUUAUUUUUCAAAAGUUUUUAUCAAGUCAAGUAUUUUAUAAUAUAAAAUGUAUUGGCGAUCGUAUCAGAGUUGCACAUUCAGUUAAAGUAAAGAGAUGGAAUCAGCUAUCAUUUAAUUACCUAUGUAAAAGAAAGUUAUUUACUCUAUUAAAGUAUUGGUUGGCGAUUAGAUUGGAGAGAAUAGAUUAUCUGGAGAGUCAACAAGAUCUUUGGGCAAAGAUUCCUUAUAGCUUGGCGACGUAUGAUGAACGCUUGGAUGACUAUGGUAUGAUCUUUAAUUUUCAAUCGAUCAAUAUAUUCCUACAGAAUUGUGGUGAUUACGAGCUGUUCAAAUUGAUCUACCGGCGAUUCGGUCAUUUCUUUGAGUUGGCACUCGACGAGUUCAGUUGUAAGAGCCAAUAUGUGUAUCCUAGAGUACUUAUCCAUGCAUGUCAAGGUGGAAACGAUCAAAUCGUUCAGUUUCUCUUGGACCAAGGUUUCAAAAUAUGUGAUCAUUCACAUCAUCCUGGUCAGACAGAACUACUCCACGCUUCACUCUCUGGAAAUAUGAAAUUGUUGAAACUCAUCGCCAAGAAGGUGAAAUUUAACUAUUCUACAAUUACAUUGAUUGCCUCUGAAAAUCAUGAUAAACCCAAAGAUCAACGUGUUUCCAGUGACGCUCUAUUGUAUCUAAUGAAGCGGAUUGCAAAGCUUGACAGUAAUAUGCCGCUAUCAGAUGGAUUCAUCAGUAACAUGCUAUACAAUGGUCGUCUGGAUGUACUUCAAUACCUCAUUGAAACGAAUAAGAUCACAUGCAUAGAGGACAGUUAUGUUGGACAAUCGGAACACACUCUACUCGAUACAGCUAUUUCCGAUAGUCUAGAGUUAUUCAAUUUCGUUCGAUCCAAUAUUAAGUUUUCAGAUGAACAAUUCCUAACCGACAAGAGUAUUUCACAAUUGGUCAAAUAUUUCGGUGGAAUGGAUCAACCGGAUCAAGAACAAUUCGAUAAUCAUUUUGUAAAGGUUUUUCUUGUACUCUAUUCAAUGAUUAGUAAAUCAACAUUUACAUCGACUGGUAUCAUGUGUAGUGCAAUUCAACAAGACAACUUCCGGCUACUCAAGAGCAUGGAUGUUCUCAAUGGAAUAACCGAUCCACAAGAUCUAUUUAUCGCUGCUUUGAAGCAUGGAAAUAUCAAAGCAUUGGAUUACAUUUUCAACAAAAGAUUCCCACUUUUUAUGGAUUCACAAUUGAUUGACCCAAUUGUAUUGGAUAUGAUCAAGAAAGAGAGAAUCGAUAUUCUACAGAUGCUAUCGGAUAACACUGAAUAUAUAUAUGCCAAAUCUGCACUGACGGAAGCUGCCAGACUUGGUCAAAUGGAAACUUUAAAAUUCCUCCUCUAUUGUGGAAGAAAUGAUGGUUGUGAACCUCAUACUUUGGCGUGGUGUUUGGCAACUCCAAACUAUUGCACUGAAACCAUAGAUUUUCUUCUUGAGAAUUGUCUGUCUCAUUUCAAUCUAAAAUCAGUUGAACCGAUCAAGAAUGCAUGUAUUAGAGGUGACUUGAACAUGGUGGUAAAGUUGGUGGACUAUGGAUUCUCUGUGACUACCGACGCCAUGGAUGAAGCAGCGGCCAACAAUCACCUAGCGUUGGUAAAGUAUUUACAUCACAACAGAAGUGAAGGUUGCACAACGGCAGGUUUAAACCAAGCUCUGGCAAAUGGGAACAUUGAAGUGAUACAGUUUCUUCAUUCGAACCGAUCGGAACGUUUCAAUUAUAUUGGAAUCGAUAAGGCUUUGGCCAAUGGACACCAAGAGAUCAUAGAGUUUGUCGUAGCGAACAGUGAUCAGCGAUGGACGAGCAAAGGAAUCACUACGGCAUUGUUCAACCGACACUACCGAUUGGCACGUUAUGCAAUGUCGGUAUCUAACGACAUUACAUCGAAAUCGGUGGAGAGAAUACCGUACACUCAUUUGACGGUAAAGAAACUGAUGAGAGCAUUCAGAUUCUAUUACAACCUAGGAUAUCUAGAAUUAGAUUAA